AGGAAAUCAAUUAACCUUGUUCGAGUUAUGAUAAUGGGCUUAAAUGACAAUAUAUGGCCCAUUAAUAAUCGGGCUUUGUGGAGUCGUCUCAGUCUCACCUAUAUUCUUCACUGGCGCAUCAGUGAAUCAGAAAUACGCUGUCUUCUUCCUCCUCCGAGCUCCAUGGCUCUAAACAACUUUUUGCUCUUCAGUGUGACUUUUCAGCUUCUCCUUCUACUUCGUGUUUCAUCGGAAUCUUCAUGGAGCACCGGAGAUGCAUCUCGAAUCCCGAUGAAGCUCCUCGAAUUCGCCAAGAGUCCGGAGGUUUUCGAUUGGAUGGUGAGAGUGAGAAGGAAAAUCCACGAGAAUCCGGAGCUGGGUUACGAGGAAUUCGAGACUAGUAAACUCAUUAGGUCGGAGCUAGACCUCAUCGGAGUUAAGUACAGGUAUCCGGUCGCUAUAACCGGCGUUAUCGGGUAUAUCGGCAACGGAGAACCUCCGUUCGUCGCGCUGAGAGCUGAUAUGGAUGCGUUGGCUAUGCAGGAAGCUGUUGAGUGGGAUCACAAGAGCAAAGUUCGUGGUAAAAUGCACGCUUGUGGACACGAUGGCCAUGUCGCUAUGCUUCUUGGUGCUGCAAAGAUACUUCAAGAACAUCGCCACGAUUUGCAGGGAACUGUGGUGCUUAUCUUCCAGCCGGCUGAGGAAGGUUUGGCCGGAGCGAAGAAGAUGAUAGAGGAAGGAGCGUUGAAACACGUUGAAGCCAUUUUCGGGAUUCAUCUUACGAACCGGAUUCCUUUUGGUAAAGCCGCUUCGCGUGCAGGUUCCUUGCUUGCUGGAUCUGGAUUCUUCGAGGCUGUGAUAAUCGGGAAAGGAGGUCAUGCUGCCAUCCCACAACACACAAUAGAUCCAGUUGUUGCAGCUUCAAGCAUCGUCCUCAGUCUUCAACACCUUGUCUCACGUGAAACCGACCCUUUGGAUUCAAAGGUGGUUACAGUUUCUAAGGUUCAGGGAGGCAAUGCCUUCAAUGUCAUCCCUGAUUCAGUCACCAUAGGAGGAACUCUCAGAGCCUUCACCGGUUUUUCUCAGCUUCAACAAAGACUCAAAGAGGUUAUUACCAAGCAAGCGACAGUCCACCGGUGCAAUGCAUCCGUGAACCUAACACCAAACGGUAAAGAGCCGCUCCCACCAACCGUGAACGACGUGGACUUAUACAAGCAGUUCAAGAACAUGGUCGGAGAUUUGUUGGGCGAAGAAUCUUUUGUGGAAGCAUCGCCUCUUAUGGGAGGAGAAGACUUCUCCUACUUCGCAGAAGCAAUCCCUGGCCAUUUCUCUUUACUGGGAAUGCAAGAUGAGACCAACAGCUAUGCUUCGGCUCAUUCAUCGCUCUAUAGAGUCAACGAGGAUGUGCUUCCGUACGGUGCUGCAAUACAUGCAUCAAUGGCCUUAAGGUACCUUCAAGCCAAGGCCUCUAAAGGAUCCAAUGGCUUUCAUGACGAACUUUGA